AUGACACAAACCAAGAGAUGUACUCCUGGUUGAUGUCGGUGUGGGUGGGCAGCGAGGCCCCGGCGGCGUACACCGCGGCGGGGGCGGAGGCCUGCCUGCUGCCGGACUGGCUGCGCCUGCACAUGGUGCGCUCGGCGCGCCCGCCGCUGCUCGAGGCCGGCAUGAGAGCUCUACCUGCGCCUAAACUGGCACUCUUUAUACAGACUUUCGGCAUGCCUGUGCAAGCUAUGAGUGCGCUCCUCUCAGCGCUGGACGCGUGUCCGGCGGGUGCCCUGUCCCGCCUGGGCGUGGAGCGCGGGUACAUGUCGCAGUUGCUGGGCGUGCAGCGCGCGCGGGGGGCCACGGGUGGACAUGCCUUCGCAGCCACGCUCAGACUCGCGCCGCUCACAUACCCACCUGACGACAAGUUAUUCGUGAAAGAAGAACUACCGAUGGAGCCGGAGGACGAGUGGGGUAGCUGUGUAGUACCGGCGCCAUUACAUCCAGACCAAGUGGCUCCACUGCUCAACACCGUGUUCCUCGCCGCCAACAGCUUCCACGGAGACAUCGACUCCGCCUUCUCCGAGCUUAUUGCGGUGGCAGACACCCUGCUGAUGCAGUGCAAGUUGCUGGCGGGCCCAGUGGUGGACGUACUGCGCAGUAUGAUGCAGAGCGGCGCCACCGUCAAACGAGAGCUCGACAUACACGUGCCGCACCAUGCCAACAAGCAACAACUCAUUGCAGCGUUGGAGGCCGCGUCUCCCAGUACAUUGGAAGCUCUGGGCAACCGCAUCAUAUCGAGCCAGGACACGCGCGUCAUUGUGGACGUCAUCACACACAUACUCGAGAAGAGCCAGGAUGGACACUACGAGUCCAAGAUAAAACACGAGGAUGGUAGUGCGGGUCCUGCACAUGUGUUCUCCCGCGGCGGCCUGGGCUGCGGCCUGCUGCUGGACUGGAUGUCGGAGCUGCAGAGGGAGGCUCUCGGGCCCAGCGACCAGAGGCAUCGACAGAUGCAGCUAAUGUUCCGGUCGGGCUGCGCCCCCUGGCGGCCACUGCUGGUGACCCUGCUGGCCCACCGUGCGUCCUGGAGGACCCUGCACUACUGCCUCACCACGCUGCUGCAAGAUGAGGGUGGCUGGUCUCCGAGCGCAGUGCUGGACUUCGCGGAGACGUUGGUGGAGAGUCCUCGCGUGUGGCAGGGACGGGACAAGACCACGCCCAAACAUUACGUGCCCGACGACACGCUGCGGCUGAACUACCAGCAGCUGGGCGUGAUGGUCCGCUACGUGGCGGAGGAGGUCCGCGCGGUGGAGCGCGACGGCGGCGCGGCUGACAUGAAGGUAGGACCAUGGACGGGAGACCAGCAGCUGCUGGCCGUGGCGGCCGCCGCGCAUCAUCACGACCCACUGCUGCUGCUACUGCUGUACAUGAAGGUAGGACCAUGGACGGGAGACCAGCAGCUGCUGGCCGUGGCGGCCGCCGCGCAUCAUCACGACCCACUGCUGCUGCUACUGCUGUACAUGAAGGUAGGACCAUGGACGGGAGACCAGCAGCUGCUGGCCGUGGCGGCCGCCGCGCAUCAUCACGACCCACUGCUGCUGCUACUGCUGUACAUGAAGGUAGGACCAUGGACGGGAGACCAGCAGCUGCUGGCCGUGGCGGCCGCCGCGCAUCAUCACGACCCACUGCUGCUGCUACUGCUGUACAUGAAGGUAGGACCAUGGACGGGAGACCAGCAGCUGCUGGCCGUGGCGGCCGCCGCGCAUCAUCACGACCCACUGCUGCUGCUACUGCUGUACAUGAAGGUAGGACCAUGGACGGGAGACCAGCAGCUGCUGGCCGUGGCGGCCGCCGCGCAUCAUCACGACCCACUGCUGCUGCUACUGCUGUACAUGAAGGUAGGACCAUGGACGGGAGACCAGCAGCUGCUGGCCGUGGCGGCCGCCGCGCAUCAUCACGACCCACUGCUGCUGCUACUGCUGUACAUGAAGGUAGGACCAUGGACGGGAGACCAGCAGCUGCUGGCCGUGGCGGCCGCCGCGCAUCAUCACGACCCACUGCUGCUGCUACUGCUGUACAUGAAGGUGCCGAAGAUCCUGCCGCUGGUGCUGCAGUCGGGCCCGCGCAGCCGGCCGCUGUCGCUGCUGCCGGUGCCGGCGCCGCUGCGCGCGGCGUCCGCCAGCUCCACCAGCGCCACCGACCGCGUGGCGCACGCCCUGCUCACCGCCAUCGCCGCGCCCGCCGCGCACUCCAAGGACUACAACCAGAGACUGUGGCGCAUGGAAGCAGAAGUCCGAGGUCUGUGGGCGCGAGUGGGCGGCGCGGGGUCCCGCGCGCUGGGGCUGGCCGCCGCCCUGCUGCAGGGCGCCGGGCCCCACCUGCGGUACCACACGCACGUCCUGGCCGCGCUCGAGGUCCUGCCCGACCACGAGCUGUUCGCGCCCACCAACACCGCAGACGUGCAUAGCAUCCUGGAGUGCUUCCUGUCCCUGGCCCGCUCGCAGCCCGGCGGGGCCGCCAGUCCACUGCUGCACCGCGUGUCCGCCGUACUGCGCCGCUACCUCGCCUGCAGGCCGCAGCUCGCCGGGGCCCUGCUGCACCAACACAAGGACACUAUCGCGCCGCAGCUCGCCGGGGCCCUGCUGCACCAACACAACGCCGCGCCGCACGCCGCCGCGCCGCACGCCGCGCUCCGACACACCGCGCUCUCGCUGCUCGCCAAGCUACUGCCCGCCGUCACCGACACCACGCCCGGUCUGCAAGCAGUACUGGAGUGUCUGGACUCUCACCAGCCUGAAGUGACGCAAUCACUGCUGGACAAGCUGCCAGAUAUACUAGUGGGCAUGCAGGAGCACGCCGCCAAGAUACUGAUGCGAGUAUUCGAGCUGGGACUCAAGUCGCGGCACCCCGUGGAGCCCUGCAUCGCCAAGUGUGUCACCACCAUUAACUUACAUCGAGGAUGCUAACUUGAAGAUUGUAUAUGACCAGACUAAGGAGAAAAUCGAAGUGUGAAAAAUAAAUAAGAACACCUCAAUAAUAAGAGACAAGAGAAAGAAAGACAUUUUAGUCUCAUUGUGUGAGCGAGAUAAAAGUUAGAUUGUUCGGACACAAAAUCUGAGCAAUCACUUUGGUUGUGUGAUAGGAUGUCAAAUAUUAUAUUAUUAUGUGUUUGUUAGUGAAUGAAUUAUGACCAAGUUUGUAAAAACUGUGAAGAUAAGUAAAUAACAAAUUUAGUCUGACUGGACUCGACUUGAUUUCGUUUAGUAAAAAUAGAGGUACUGGGAAUGAAUUUGAGUAUGGAUGCUUUAGAAUUAUGUUCGUACUUUAAACAAUAUUCAUCUCAUAGACUAGCAAACAACAAUAGGUAUUGUACCAUAAACAAUAAUUAAUACACAGUGACUUUUCCAAGAGCAAAAGUUAAAAUUACGCCAUGUAAUAUCAUUCAGAAGAUGAACACUGUUUAUUGACCACUCUUGAUA